CAAUUGACCUUCAUGACCUCUGCAGUAGUGUGCUAUCUUGUAAAGACAACAGCUUAUCAGUCCUCAUUGCCAAGGCCAAGCACGCAAUAACAUCCGGUUCGACCCAAAGCGGAAAGCUUGAGUUUCCCCACCAUCGCUUUCCAUCCCCGGACUCCUCCUCCCUCUGCUCCCUCUUCUCCCUCAGUCCCGUCUCUUUUUCUUCUCUCUCCUCUUCCUCUCUCGCUCGCUGCACUCCUGACUGGUCCCCACUCAACUGCUUGCCUCUAUGUUCCGUGGCUCACGUCUCUUUUCCUCUACUACAAUUGUCCAGGUCCAGCCCUCCACAUCUUCGCUGCGCACUUCUGCCUUCCCCUCCGCACUCCCCCGCUAUCCAGCUUGCACACGUCCAAUGUCGGCCACUGCGGCUCGUCCCGACCCAUUUCGCCCGGCUAAGAGGGUCGCUGGUCAGAAACAGGAUGUUUGGUCCAUUGUCAAUGAGGCUGCUGCCGCUUCGCCCGUUCAGCCCAUCGUGAACAUGGGUCAGGGUUUCUUUGGCUACAACCCUCCCAAGUUUGCUCUCGAUGCUGCCAAGGAAGCUCUCGACCGCGUUGAAUGCAACCAAUACUCCCCGACCAAGGGACGUCCUCGUCUCAAGCAAGCCCUGGCGGAUGCUUACUCCCCCUCAUUUGGUCGCACCAUCAACCCGGACACCGAGGUGGUCGUUACCACGGGAGCCAAUGAAGGUAUGCUGAGCGCUUUUAUGGGAUUCAUCGAGCCCGGCGACGAGGUUAUUGUCUUCGAGCCGUUCUUCGACCAAUACAUUAGUAACAUCGAAAUGCCCGGUGGUACAAUCCGCUACGUCCCGCUUCAUCCCCCCAAAGAUGGCGCUACACGCACCUCCUCCGCGGCUGAGUGGUCCAUUGACUUCGAGGAGCUGGAGAACACGAUCAACUCGAAGACGAAGAUGAUUGUUCUGAACUCGCCUCAUAACCCCGUCGGCAAGGUCUUUUCCCGCGCUGAACUCGAGCGCAUUGGUGAGCUUUGUGUGAAACACAACCUGAUCAUUCUCUCCGACGAAGUCUACGACCGUCUCUACUACGUUCCCUUCACCCGCAUUGCUACCUUGUCCCCGGAGCUAUAUGAGCGUACUCUCACCGUGGGCUCGGCUGGCAAGGCUUUCUAUGCCACCGGUUGGCGUGUGGGUUACCUCAUCGGACCCGAGCACCUGAUCAAGUAUGUCUCCGGCGCCCACACUCGUAUCUGCUACAGCAGUGUUUCGCCUCUCCAAGAAGCUGCCGCGGUGGCUUUCGAGCAGGCAGACAAGGUCGGCUUUUGGGACGAGAGUAGGAAGGAGAUGAAGGGAAAGAUGGAGCGUUUCUGCCAGAUCUUUGACGAACUCAACAUUCCGUACUCGGAUCCUGAGGGCGGAUACUUCGUCCUCGCAAACAUGGCCUCUGUGAAAUUGCCUGAGGAUUACCCAUUCCCUCCCCAUGUGGCCAGCCGGCCUCGCGACUUCAAGCUCUGCUGGUUCCUCAUCCACGAGGUGGGAGUUGCAGCUAUUCCUCCCACCGAGUUCUACACGGAUGCCAAUGCCCACAUUGCUGAGGAUUACCUCCGCUUUGCCGUUUGCAAGAAUGACGAUGUGCUCGAAACGGCUAAAGAGAGACUACGUGGCUUGAAAAAGUACAUCAAGCAGUGAUUUAGACUGCAUGACCCUUGAUCGUAUAGAUGUGCAUCGAUGUUUGGUAAACACUGGUUGCAACAACGGACUUACGAGAAUAUAGACUUCAUGUGUCGGAGGCUGGACUGAGCACAAUUGAAUAGAUUUGCAAUUUGCUAUCUGUAUUGUUACAUGACAUUAUCUCCAUCCUGCCGGAGCACUAACAAGUGAAAAGCAAC